CCUCUAACCUUAACCAUGGGGGACUCUUCGGGGGGCGAGGGCCCCCCGACAGUUAGUGCUGCACAAGAAAAUGACAGUUUAUCCAAUGAUUCUCAAAAUCGUCCGUUGAACGCCAUUAUUUGUAACAUUUUGCCACCGGAUUGCAAAAAAACUGCUGAAGAUAUUUCCAGGCUCCAGUAUUUUGAUGUGCCCUCAGGUGAAGAGUUGUCAAAGUUAUCGGCAGAGAUCCAGAUUAUCAAGAAUCAGUUCGAGCAAGACGCUGAAAUCCUGCGGGAAGUUGCCAAAAUCUCCGCAAACAUAAGAAGGACAGUAAAUCGGAAAACAAAAUAUGAAAUCACCGAUCAGGGGCCUUUUAUGGUGAUUCUGGAGGGGAUUACAAGUAAGGUGGGGACUCUUCAUCCUAUGAACUUUGGGAAGUUACUUCAAGCGCAGAAAGUUCAAGGUUUGGUCAUUGGAAAAACCAAUGUAAAAGCAAGGGUAGAUGUAGUUUCUGCGCUGGAGAUCAUCCAGUAUUUCAUUGUGAACUGAAAGAACAGUUUUAUAAGAAGAAACCAUGCCCGACAGACCACUUAAAUCAUGAAGGUAAAUGCAGCCUGGGUAAUUGCGAAAUAUCUCCAAAGCCAACUUGCAUCCACUGUAAAGGCUCUCAUCAGGCCACUGAUAGAUCAUGUCCGGAAAUGGACAGACAGAAGAAAAUCAAUGAGGCUAUGGCAUGGUACAACCUAUCCUUUUUUGAAGCUGCCAAACUCUUUCCAAGAGGCCCCAAAUCAAGUGAGUUUAAUCGCUCUAAUGAAAAUUUCCCUCCUAUUCAUAACACGGUUGCCCCCGUCUCUCAGCCUUCCCCUAGAUCUGCUUCUAAAACUGAUUCUGUCAUAGCAAAAAAGCGUAAGUCCCCCCAAAUAGAAUCAGGGUAUGAUAGGGACGCCCACAGGGAUUGUCUCGUGCCGCCGUUGACUAGGCAGAAGUUGAAUCACACUAGCAAAAGUCAAUCUUCUCCCUCAUAUUUAAAUGACUUAUCGUCAGAGUCCGAGAUGGACACUGCUUCUCCAGGGGUUUCUUCCUCUGGUGAAUUUUGGUAUCGGUUUGAAAAUUUAAAGAAAAAAGUUUUGUCCAAUAUACCCAGUAAAAGUGCUUACCAUGAAAUUGAGAGUCUUUUUGACUCCCUGCCUCCUCCCGGAGGAUGCAGGUUUUAAUUUAUUAAUGUUCCCAGAUCGACAGUCAAAUCUUUCUGUUAAAAUUAGUAAUUUCUCAAUUAUUCACUGGAACACUUGCGGUAUUAGAAGUAAUCGUGAUAGUAUUAUUAGACUUAUUCGUGACUUUGGUCCGGAUAUAGUCAUGAUUAAUGAAUCUUUUUUACUCCCACAUAUCAAGUUUUCCUUGUCUGGUUUCUCCUUUGUCAGGGACGAUCGUAUGGAUGGGUAUGGAGUGAUUAUUGUUUUUUCACGCUCCAACAUCGGGUAUAAUGUUUUAGAUGUGUCAGAUAUCCCCAGGCCGGAUAGAUGUCAGGUUAUAGUGUUGGAGAUGGACAGCCUUUUUCUAGUUUCGAUGUAUAAUCCUCCUGACCUUCCUAUGUCUCGUUUGUUCUUAGAUACUUUGGUUGAUAGACUUAGGUCAAAACCCGUUUUCUUUGCUGGUGAUGUAAAUUCUCAUAAUGAAGAGUGGGGCUCUACAAUUAAAAGCUAUGUCGGUCUGGCUAACGGCUCUUUACUAUCAGACUUUAUUAAUGAUAACAACUUCGUUAUUCUUAAUGACGGGUCUGCCACCCGAUUUACAGGGAAUGACUCCCGUUCUGUCCCCGAUUUGGUAUUUUGUUCACACGAAUUGGCUCAUGUUGCCGAUUUCCGGGUGUUAUUCGACAGAGGGUUUAGCGAUCAUUUCCCGAUACUGUGUCAUAUUCGGUGUAAACCGGACAGUUUACAUCAUCCUGCUCAAGCGUAUCUCCUGAAGCACAAUGUUUCUAAGGCAGAGUGGGACAAAUUCUCUGAAUUGAUUAGUAUUGGUUUAAGCA